AUGGUACAGUCUCAUUUUUCACUAUCGUGGGAUUCGUAUAAGUCAAAUCUGUCAACUGGAUUCAGUGGUUUGCAACAGAAUGGGGAGCUUGUUGAUAUGACGUUGGCUGCUGAUGGGCACUUUGUUAAAGUGCAUCAGGUCCUAAUAGCUUUGUCAAGCUCCUAUUUAAAACAACUUAUUUUAUCAGCUCCGUGUCAACAUCCGGUCAUCUUCCUCAAUAAUGUGUCCAAUACAACUCUAACAUUCCUGUUGGAAUAUAUAUACACAGGCCAGGUAUCGGUGCCUUCUAGUAAUUUGUCAGCAUUUAUUGAAGCUGCGAAAGCAUUACACAUAAAAGGGCUCGAAAAUGUUGAGGACAAUAGCAAAGAAAAACAAACACCAAUUAAUGUAGAUGAAUGUAAUAUAAGCUCUAAUAGAAUUGCUGUUAAAAGAAAAUCCACAGCACCUGAUCAGUUUCAUUUACCGGCCACAGCAAGAAAAGUUCUAGUAAAAUAUGGAGGAGCCACAUCCACUGUAAUUGUGGAAAAGAAGAAUCUGAAUGAAUCUAUGGAUAAUGACGAAGUACACAACACAAUGGACCAUACUGUACUUGAAACAGAUACUCAUUUGAAUGAGGAAACACAGAAGGAUAAAGACAAAGGGGCAGUUCAAAGUUAG